AUGAAUGGGAACCCAGUCCAAAGCCCUGGGGCGUCGUCAGUCACUCCGGCACCCUCGAAGCGAAAACGCGAAACAACAGCAGAAGGAGACGCAGACGGGACUGCAUCUACGUCUGGAAGCGGCGAAUCUGCGUUUCCCGAUACUCUCAAAGAUCUUCUCGUGGUUCUGUCAAAACAUGACUCUGAUCUUGGGAUUUUAAGUCGUCCACUUGCCCAUGUACCCACCGGAGAGCCUGAAAACAAGCGAGUAAAACGAUCCAAGACGGCUGUCGAACAACAAUCCGUCCAGUAUCGAAUUGAAAAGUCAUACUACAAUUCCCUUGAACCUUUUCUUCAUGAUGUCGAACAGUCUAUCAACUCGUUUGUCGCAGAGUCUCGACACGAUAGCAAGACUCGUCGGUCAACUACACAGGCCUCGCCCAAUGAGUCCUCCAGUCGUGCAAACGCUUUCAGAAAGGAGCUAAAUAGGCUGGUCCUGAAAAAUUUUCCCCAAACAUCGCUAUCUACCACUUCGAUCAAACCAGCAAAGGUUGAGGACUCGCCUGAACUACUGGCCGGCAAUUCUCGUAACGAUCGGCUGGCUUUGGCUCUCGUGGAUAAUACUCCUCAUGGAAGACAGAUAUUCUCGAGUGUGCAGAAAUCCGAUUUACCUAUCAAUGAAACCGCGCUUCCAAAGGGGAUAAUAGUUACUAAGAUUGUUCCCUUCAAUCCUUCUCACAUGGAUGAAUCGCGGGCCCGAACAAGGACAAUCGGGGAGGUAUUUGCACCACGGCCAAAUCUCCCUGUUCUAGAACGGCCUCAGAAACGCCCUGCAGAAAGUGGUUCAACCGUCGUUGAAUGGCUAGAUCCCCUCGAAGCCGUUUCAUCGUUACCUAGCAAGCUUUUGGGGAGAAAAGCUUACAGCCAAAUAUCCCUACCAUCCGGUUCCUGGUUAAACUAUGGCUAUGAGAAUCCCCUACUAUCGGAUAAUGCUCGCCGCGUGCCAAGACAGGAAGCCAUCGAGAAGGAGAAAUUCUCAAAAGAAGACAAAUCUCUCUUUCAUGCAAUCUACUCUUCAUUCGCCCCGUCCUUUGAUAGCUCAGGCGCAGUCGCUCCUCGGGCUGCCAAAUAUCAAGCUUGGUGGGAGAAGUCAGGAGCUCGUCGCAUGAAUGUUCUGUUUAGCUCCGAGCACAACGACGAAGACUCUCCAGCGUCCCCAAAAUCCCGUCCAACUCUGGAUCAAGUGUUGGACCCCCAAUUGUUGGAUGAGGAAACCUUAUCUGAAGCUGUCCAAUCCUUCAAGCCAGAUACAACGUAUGUGGAUAAAGCAACAGACUCUAAAGAAGCUGAGAGCGACAAGGAUAAGGAGAAGAAGGCCCAGGGCGAUAUUGGAGAAAUAUUGGAUGAUAUAUCAGAUCUGCUACAGACAUUAAACUCGUACCGCCAACUCCGAAACCUCUCGCAGCAGUCACCGGAUAAUAGAGCGACCGACCAAAGCAAUGGGACAUUACCAAACCAAGACUCAACGUCCACUCCGUCCGAUGCAGAGUACAGCAUAUACGAAACAUUAAAGUCUAGCUUGUCGGCUCUGGUGUCUACUUUGCCUCCAUACGCAGUGUCGAAGUUGACGGGAGAGCAACUCGCAGAAUUGAACCUGAGCAAGAAGAUUCUCCUUGACGGCGCCGAUUACCCAGGUACCCUGGAUGAUGAUGACUUUACCAAGCAACAAAAACAGGCUGCGCAAAUCCAACAAAAUCUGGUAAAUUCUCGAGGCCAUGCCCAUGGUCAGGCCCCCCAGGGCCGACCAGCUGCCUACCAGACCCCGGCAGCGCCGGCACCUUACCAACGACAACAUGCCACUCGCCAAAAACAUAUGCCAGUAAAUUAUCAACAGGUUCCCCCUCAGGGGUACGCAGGGAGACCACCCCCGCCACCUCCCGGACACUACCAACCCGUAAACCCCCAGCCGUACGCGCAGCAUCCGCCAACCGGUCAACGGCAAGGAUACAUGCAGCCCCCAUACCAACAGCCGGCGGCAGCAUCUCCCCCUUACAGCAGAAGUGCAAUGCUCCAGCAGUUCCAGCGACCUGCAUCCAAUGGUGUACCUCCUUACCCGCAAAGACGGGCCUCCCCUGCACAAACUCCAACCCAACCAUACCCCCAUCGUACACCCCAAGUCGCAUACCAUCAACCUAUCCAUCAGCCACAGCUUAACCACGCUGCUACGGCUCAGAGAAUGCCGCAGUCACCACAUGGUUAUAAUCAAUCACCACAGCGAACAUCUUACCUAAACUCACCAACUGGUCAUCCUGCCCAGCCACGGUACUUCCAGCAGCAGACACCACAACCCAUGCCUUACGCGAACUACCCCCCGGGCCAGGCGAGCCAGAUACACUCUCCAUAUGCAAAGGCUUCUCCAGGUAUACCAUAUCCCCGGUCAGCCGCUGAACAGGCGGCGAUCAUGGACCGGAACAAAAUGCAACUGCUAGACGGUCGCGCUCAAGCCGUUGCCUCACCUCAGCCAAUGCAGCCCAACGGCCAGCCAAAUGGGGUUCCCAUGGCUACCCCUGGACCAUCAAAGUAG